CCGCUUUCCUCCAAUGAUGGUCAGCAGGCGGAACGCCGUCUGCAGCCGGGGCCCGAGUCUACGCUAUCCCUCGGUCCCGGGUUCUCCGCUCCGCAUUACGCAGACGCGGCACUCUCCGGCCCCGCUGGCCCCCCUCCCUCCUCGCCCGCCACCGCUUCUGAAUGAGCCGAGCGCCGCGCAGGGGGUCGCGGGCCCGGGGGCACUGGCGCUACGGCCCGGGGGGCUGCGCUGGCAAAGUUGUGCGUCCUUGAAGGCUGGGGUGCGGCCUGGGUCUGUGCCUCCGGGCCCCUCCCGGGGGCCGGACCGAGCGCGCGGGGAGCCGGACCAUGGAGGUGGAGGAAGCGUUCCAGGUGGUGGGGGAGAUGGGCAUCUACCAGAUGUACCUGUGCUUCCUGCUGGCGGUGCUGCUGCAGCUUUAUGUUGCCACGGAAGCGAUCCUUAUUGCAUUGGUCGGAGCAACGCCUUCCUACCACUGGGACCUGGCAGAGCUUUUGCCUAAUCAAAGCCAUAGCAACCAGUCAAGGACUGAAGACCAAGCCUUUGGGGAAUGGUUCCUGACAGCCAAUGGAAGCGAGAUGCACAAGCACGUCCAUUUCAGCGGCACCUUCACUUCCAUUGCCUCCGAGUGGUUCCUAAUUGCCAAUAAGUCAUACAAAGUGAGUGUAGCCAGCUCAUUUUUCUUCAGUGGUGUGUUCGUGGGAGUGAUAACAUUUGGCCAACUUUCGGAUCGUUUGGGAAGGAAAAAGGUCUAUCUAACAGGUUUUGCCCUUGACAUCCUGUUUGCUAUUGCAAAUGGAUUUUCCCCCUCAUAUGAGUUCUUUGCCAUAUCUCGAUUUCUCGUGGGAGUGAUGAAUGGAGGGAUGUCGCUGGUAUCUUUUGUUUUAUUGAAUGAAUGUCUGGGCACUGCCUACUGGGCUCUAGCAGGGUCCAUCGGUGGGCUGUUUUUUGCGGUAGGAAUUGCCCAGUACGCCCUGCUAGGAUACUUCAUUCGCUCCUGGAGAACGCUUGCAGUUGUGGUUAACCUGCAGGGAACAGUGGUCUUUCUCUUGUCAUUAUUCAUUCCUGAGUCCCCCCGAUGGUUAUACUCCCAGGGCCGACUUAAAGAAGCAGAAGAUGCUCUCUACCUCAUUGCCAAGAGGAACCGGAAGCUCAAGUGCACUUUUUCCCUGAUGCCUCCAGCAGAGGGGAUCUCCAAAGAGACUGGCAGUUUCCUGGACCUCUUCCGCCACAGGAUCCUCUUGGGGCACACUCUGAUCAUGAUGUUCAUCUGGUUUGUGUGCAGCUUGGUUUAUUAUGGCCUAACCCUCAGUGCAGGAGAUCUGGGUGGAAAUAUUUAUGCCAACCUGGCCCUGUCGGGGCUGGUAGAGAUUCCCUCCUAUCCUAUCUGUAUCUAUUUGAUUAACCACAGAUGGUUUGGUCGCAAGCGGACCUUAGCAGUUUUCCUGUGCCUUGGAGGACUGGCCUGUCUUAUUGUCAUGUUUCUUCCUGAAAAAAAAGACACAGGAGUAUUUGCACUGGUGAACAGCCAUUCUUUGUCUUUACUAGGAAAACUGACCAUCAGUGCUGCUUUUAACAUUGUUUACAUCUAUACAUCAGAGCUUUAUCCAACAGUCAUCAGGAAUGUUGGACUAGGUGUGUGUUCCAUGUUUUCCCGAGUUGGUGGAAUUAUCGCUCCCUUCAUUCCCUCACUGAAAUCUGUUCAGUGGUCUUUACCUUUCAUCGUAUUUGGUAUAGCUGGCCUGUCUUCUGGACUUCUGAGUUUAUUGUUGCCAGAAACCCUAAACAGACCUUUGCUGGAAACACUAUCUGAUCUCCACAUAUAUUCAUAUCGGAGGCUGGGGGAUGAAGCAUUAUCUUUGCAAGUACUGGAUCAUGAACAGUCUGAAGACAAGGAGAGUACAUUUGGAAGUGAAAGUAAUGAAGAUGAGUUCUAUGAUGCUGACGAAGAGACUCAGAUGAUAAAAUGAGGAGAACUGAGGGCCUUCCCACCGUCCUCCAAUCAUCUUUCAUGCCUCUGACUUCAGACAGAUUUUCCCCGUGAACCUGGAAAGCAGCAGUCAGUGGCGAUGCAGUGACAAGCAGACAGUGUUCCUCUUGACUGUGGAAUCUUUGGGGCAGGAAGAAAAUUUGAGAGACAUUCCCACAGGAAGGAAGACUCUGGUAUUCUCAUUGGAGAAGCAUCUGAAACAUUUCUUGAAUUGGAGCUUAGCUCAGAACUGUGAUGACCUCCAACCCCAACCCCAGCGGGUCCAAGAGCCUCAUCCUAUCUAUAUUCUCAAAUGGCAGAGGUCAUUUCUGGAGGUUGAGUCUUAGAGGUGCCUUGAAGUGGAUUUUGUUGAAUAUGCCUGAAUGUGAUCUCAGGGCAGAAGGAUGAAUUUGUCUAAUCAUUUUGUGGGCUAAUAGGUACACCCUUAUUGUAAUUUAAUACUGAACAGUAUUUAAUGUUUAUUCUUACUAGCACUCCUUCCUUGCAAGGCACAUAAAUGUUUCAUUUCCAUUGGAUAUCAGAGACAAAGUGCCAGGAGAGUAAAUGAUUUGGUGAAAGCUCAUAAUUUUUAGUGGUAAAGCUCAAAUUUUGAGCUUCCAGCUGAGUCCCAAAACUAUCAGGGGUUCUUAACUUGGGGUCCAUGGACUCUCCAAGGUGUCCUUGGAUAGAUUUCAGGAGAUCUGUGAACCUGGAUGGAAAACAAAUUUCAUCUUUAUUUUCACUAACCUCUAAAUGAAAUUUAGUAUUUCCCUCCAUUAUGAAUGUAGACAAUAAAACAUGAUUCUGAGAAAGGGGUCCAAAGGCUUCACCAGACUGCCAAGAGGUCCAUUCUCCCUAAAAGGUUUAGAACUCCUGCUAUAGAUUUACUUUAGCUACAUGUGCCUUUAAUCUGAAAGAUGUGGGUUUAAUAAAAAUUAACCCACUCAAAGAAGCUUUCUGAAAUCUUAGAGGUUUGGCUCCCACUGAUGAUGGGAUUGUGUACCUUUUUUUUUUUUUCUUUCUUUUUCUUUUUAUAUUUCUGCUAUAUGACUUUAAAUAAGCCACUUGACAUUUCUGGCCCUCAGUUUUUUGAUUUGAGAAAUAAGGAGAAAUGAAAAGAAUCAAGCAUAUAUAAGGAUCCCUCAGGGCCACAUAAUUACUUAGAAAACCACAUGUUAAUAUUACUUGUAUAAUACAGGAGGAUCGUGCAUUGGGUGGCACACUGGGCCUAUAAUCAGGAAGACUCAUCUUCAUGAGUUCAGCUCUAUCAUCAGAUACUUCCUAGCUGUGUGACCCUGGACAAGUCACUUAAUCCUG